UGAAGAUAGGAUUGGCAACUCAUAUAUUAAACCCAUUUCUUGUUUUUUUAAGGCUUCUCUAGUUUCUCAUAAAUCUAUCUCGCAAAACACACACACAAACAUGGCUGCCCUUUACGAAAAACCAUUAAAGGAGAAUGAAGAAGGAGAAGCUAUGUAUGACUAUGAUGAAGAUUCUGCUUCUGGGUCAGGGUGUUGUUGUUUUCGGCUUUUGGGGUUCAGACCACAGAGAAAAAGAAAUGACAACGAAAGCAAAUAUCUUUUGCAGCAAAAGGGAGAGCUCAGGGAAUCAUGGUGGAAGAAUAAACUGAAUAAGGUUAAGCAGGUAACAGAAGUAUCAGCCGGGCCCAAGUGGAAGACUUUUGUGAGAAAGUUCAGCGGAUUUGGGAUUAACAAGAACAAGAAAGAUAGGAACAAGUUUCAGUAUGAUCCACAGAGUUAUGCUCUUAAUUUUGAUGGUGGUUUUGAUAGUGAGGAAGAUGACCUGAUCCUUGGUUUUUCGCAGAGGUUUGCUGCUCCUAUUCAUAAUCACGAAGAACAGCGGAGAAUUGGAUCAGGAAUGUGAUGGUUUUGUUUGUAUAAAAUUUUUUGAUGAUUCACAUCUCUUUGUACUGUUUUUUUUUUUUUUUUUCAUAGAAUAUUAUUGUUCGUCCAUAAUCUUUUAUUUGUGUCUGUCUUCUUUGAAUUUAGUUUUGUGUUUGAUAUUAUCAUUCCUUUUUUCCGUAAAAUCUCUCAUAAUUCCUUGUUCACCCAGUUGGAAGUUCAUAAUAUUAAUAAUAACUAAUCACUAUCUUGCGCAA